AUGUUGGCUGCUAGACAGACAAUCAGACCCCGUACUGCGGGUAUCUCCAGCAGACUUCUCGCAACCUCUUCCUACACCGCGCCCACAGGGUUCGCGUCGCGCACACCGCCCUACGCGCACCUCCUCGCAAACCUCCGUGAGGUCAACCAUAUCCUUGGAAAGCCUCUCACGCUCGCGGAAAAAAUCCUCUACUCGCACUUAUGCAACCCCGCAGAGUCCCUCGCCAACGCGAAUGGCUCGCUCGCCAACAUCCGUGGCCAAGAAUACCUCAAGCUCAGCCCCGACCGUGUCGCAAUGCAGGACGCGUCAGCACAGAUGGCACUUCUCCAGUUUAUGACAUGCGGCAUGCCCCUGACAGUGGUCCCCGCUUCCAUCCAUUGUGAUCACUUAAUUGUGGGCAAAGAGGGCGCGGAAACCGAUUUGGCAGCCUCUAUUUCCACAAACAAGGAGGUGUUUGACUUCCUCGAGUCAUGUGGUGCCAAAUACGGCAUCCAGUUCUGGGGCCCCGGCUCCGGAAUCAUUCACCAGAUUGUCUUGGAAAACUUCUCGGUUCCGGGGCUCAUGAUGCUCGGGACCGAUUCGCACACACCCAACGCGGGCGGGUUGGGCGCGAUUGCGAUCGGCGUGGGUGGUGCAGACGCGGUCGACGCGCUCACCGGCACGCCUUGGGAGCUCAAGGCGCCAAAGGUGCUUGGGGUUAAGUUGACCGGGCAUCUCAGCGGCUGGACGUCUCCGAAGGAUGUGAUCACCCACCUCGCCGGGUUGCUCACCGUUAGAGGGGGCACCGGCUAUAUCGUGGAAUACUUUGGCGAAGGUGUGGAGUCGCUUUCGUGCACGGGGAUGGCAACGAUCUGUAACAUGGGUGCGGAAAUUGGCGCGACAACCUCGACAUUCCCGUACCAGCUCGCGCAUAAGCGCUACUUGGAGGCGACGCACCGCGCGCCGAUCGCAGCAAUCGUCGACCAGGUGCACCGCGACACCGGAUUCCUCGCGGCUGACGCCGGCGCACAGUACGACAAGGUGGUUGAGGUGAAUCUCUCAACCUUGGAGCCACACGUGAACGGGCCUUUUACACCAGAUUUGUCGACCCCUAUUUCGCAGUUUGGCGCCGUGUCCAAGGCCGAGAACUGGCCGCAGACCGUGUCCGCGGGUCUCAUUGGAUCGUGCACGAACUCGUCGUACCAAGACAUGUCGCGCGCGGCGCACUUGAUGCAGCAGGCUGCGGAUGCGGGGUUGAGGCCAAAAAUUCCGUUUUUCGUGACGCCCGGAUCCGAGCAGAUCCGCGCCACCAUCGCGCGCGACGGCCUUAUUGACGUGUUUGAGGGCCAGGGCGCGAUCGUCUUGGCUAAUGCGUGUGGCCCUUGCAUCGGCCAGUGGGACAGAACUGACAUUGCCAAGACAUCCAGUGAAAGCAACGCUAUCUUCACCUCCUUCAACCGUAACUUCCGUGCUAGAAACGACGGAAACCGUGAAACCAUGAACUUCCUCACCUCCCCGGAUAUGGUUACCGCCAUGAUCUACUCCGGCGACAUGGGCUUCAACCCGGUCACCGACUCCAUCACCAAGGAAGACGGCACCGCGUUCAAGUUUGUGCCUCCGCACGGGGAUGACCUUCCGGGACAGGGCUUUAUAGCCGGCAGAGCGGAGUUCUACCCCGAGGCCGAGCCUCAGCCACAGCCCUCGGUGGAGGUUUCGGUGAGUCCAACAUCUGACAGAUUGCAGUUACUCGAGCCCUUCCCGGCCUGGAAUGGCGAGGAGCUUGCGACCAGCGUGUUGUUGAAGGUUGAGGGUAAGUGCACUACCGAUCACAUUUCCGCCGCGGGUGUGUGGUUGAAGUACAAGGGCCACUUGGAGAACAUCUCCAACAACACCUUGAUCGGUGCGGUCAACAAGGAGACAGGCGAGGUCAACACCGCGUACGAUUUGGACGGUCUGGCCUAUGGGAUCCCAGAGUUGAUGAUCAAGUGGAAGAAAGAGCACAGGCCGUGGUGUGUGGUUGCCGAGCACAACUACGGCGAGGGUUCUGCCAGAGAGCAUGCUGCGUUGUCGCCAAAAUUCUUGGGUGGUUCCAUGCUCUUGGUCAAGUCGUUUGCCCGAAUCCACGAAACCAACUUGAAAAAACAGGGGAUGUUGCCAUUAACCUUCGCUGACGAGACAGACUACGACAGGAUCCAGGGUGGUGACGUACUCGCGACCAAGGACUUGGCCGACAUGAUAGCCAGAGACGGCAAUAACGGGGGUGUCUUGACCGUUACCGUCACCAAGAGAGACGGUACUCAGUUUGACAUCCAGUGCAAGCACACCAUGUCCAAAGACCAGGUUGACUUUUUCAAGGCCGGUUCUGCCAUCAACCACAUCGGAAAUUUGAAGAAGCAGGCUGCAUAG